AUGGGCGUUCGGCCCGCAGCUGCUGUGGCUGGGAGCUGCGGACACCGAGGGGUCUUGGCAGUUCUCCCCCUGCGGGGCCAGCAGACGGUGCGAGCCCACACAAACGAGGGUGGUACCUCAAAGACUGACUUACUCCAGGCUAAUGGAGAAGAUGGCGUACCCUUUCUGUACCCCAGCAGAGAGCUCUACCUGCAGCCCCUGGCAGUUCUUUUACUCAUAUACAAGGAGAACCAUGGAGAAGUGGCAAUCUGACUGCAUCUCCAUUGCAGUCAUUCUUUGAAAGGCUGCCAAUGGCAGGCAGAGUUCCAGCUGGUCAAAUGCAUGUUCCCAGAGGGCAUGGAGCUAGCUGCUGAUAACAUCACCUGGGUGGAUCUGCCCACAGCCCCCGGCUCUCUGAUUCUAUUGGUGGGUGUGGGGGCGACUUCUACACCUAGUCCCCUUAUGGUGUGUGGGGUCCUGAUUCUGGUGAACCGUAAGAAGUGGCAGGGCCUAUGGAGUACAAGGCUGCCAGACCCUGGGCUUGAACUGAGCAAGCUUCGAACUUCCAAUAGGACAGCCCCCAACCCCUACUACUGCCAGAUGGGGCAUGGCCAAGCCCAGUCCUGGCCUCUAUCCCCAGGGCUUCCCGAGAUUUCCCCAGACAGUGUCAUUCUGCUCAGAGACCUGGGCCAUGGUGCCUUUGGAGACAUCUGUGAGAGUCUGGUUAUUGGCCUUCCUGGAGACCCCAUCCCCCUGUAGGCGGCUAUCAAGACCCUGCCAGGACCCUGCCCUCCACAGGAGGAGCUGCAUUCCGCAGGGAGGCGCUCCCCUCAGGUGCACCUGGGGCCAGAGGCCACGUGGAAGUCAUGGGAGAGGCACCCAGAACUGCCUGCAGCCUCUUUUUACCCUGGGGCUGAGAGCAAGUUCAGCCACCAAAACAUUGGGCGCUGUGCAGGGCUCAGCCUCCGGGCUGCCCCUCGCCUAAGUCUACUGGAGCCGAUGUCAGAAGAGGACGUGCGGAGUUUCCUGAGGCACAGCUGGCCCUGCCUGGGAAGACCCUUCUCUCAGCCCUCCAGGCCCCUCUAAAGACCCUGCCCAGGCAGGACCUCCCCCAAGCUGGAUCAGGACACAGCCCAGGGCUGCCACUGCCUGGAGGAAAAUCACUUCAUCCACAGGGACAUCGUUGCCAGGGACUGUUUGCUGAGCUGCACUGGGCCCAGCCUAGUGACCAAGUUUGCGGACUUUGGAAUGGCUAGAGAUAUCUACAGGUGGGGGGUCUGGGGAGCCAGUUAUUUCUGCAAGGGGCAAGGGGUAAGGGCUCUGCUGCAGGUCAAGUAGGUGGCCCCAGAGGCCUUCUUGGAGGGCAUCCUCACAUCCAAGACUCCUGGCAACACCACACCUUGGUCUUUUGGGAUGCCGCUCUGGGAGAUCUCACUGGGCCGCAUGCCUUACCCUAGGUGCACCAACCAGGAAGUGGUAGACUUCAUAGUCAGAGGGAGAUGGAUGGACCCUCCCAGCAGCUGUCCAGGGCCUAUGUAACAUAUCAUGACCCAGUGUUGGCACACUGAACUCUGCCCUACUUUUGUCAGCAUCUUGGACCAUCUUCAAUAUUGCAUUCAUGACCCUGAUGUGCUGAAUUCGCCUCUGCUGAUGGAGCGAGGGCCCAUUCUGGAGGAGGAAGGGGCUUCUGGACUGGGGAGCAGGCCUUUGGAGGGCCUAAGAUCCCCACAGGCCCAGGACCUGAGGCUGGAGGGCUUGAAGAGCUGGGGAGGGAGCCUCCUUGGCUCUUGGCUGCCCUCUGGCCUCAAGCCCCCCAAAUCCAGGGGGCUCCAACCUCAGAACUUUUGGAACCCCACCUAUGGCUGCAGGGCCCCAAGGGGCCCCGAGGGUGACGGCACAGGCAUUGAUGCCAGCAAUGGUCCCUCCCUGCACUCCUCCCUAGGUUUCUAG